AAAACCGAUCAAAAGUUUGUGAUUUCGCGAAAUAAUUUUUCUUAAAAAUUGUUAAUUUUCUCGUUCGCGUUACUUUAAAAUGACGGAUUCUGCGGGUGAAAGUAAACUGAAAACAUCCGACCAUGAGCGAGAGCUGGAAGUAAUCGCUUUCAACGAGUUUCAAAAAGCGGACUACCGGGCCUGCCAGCAAACGUUGGCAAAGUUGCGCAAAACUCAGGAUGGAAACCCAAAAGUGAUACACAACCGAGCCGUGGUAGAUUUCUAUCUCAGCGAUCUGUGCCGGUACGAUCAGUUCCGAAAGACCAUGAUCCAGAUAACGGAACUGAUAGGUGACAUUGGCAACGUGGAAGUACGCAAUCCGGAACUGGCAUCGGCCUACGUGAACCAGGCUAUUGUGCUGUAUCAUUUCCGGCAACCGUUGGCUGCCCUCCGGAUUAUGUUGGCGGUACUGGAACGCUUCGAUCAGCUGGACGAUUAUCUUCUGAGGAAGGGAGGCAUUUUUGCCGUACAGUUGCUUCUGGACACCAAUCAACCGAAAAAAGCGGCCGGAUUACUAGGAAUGUUGCAGGCCAGGUUGAACAUAAGGGUUCAGGAGAUUCUAAACUCGGAAGACGAAGAGGAACGAGUGGUGGAUAACGAGAGCCGGAAGGACAUAUCCGAGAUUCAAUUCGAAGAAUUUCGUAAGCAGUACCGGUUGAUUCUGAUUCGAUCGAACUUACUCAAUGGGAAAAAGAACUUUUCUAUUCCAAGCGAUGAAACGGCGGAUUCUUCAAUUUUGAAAGGCCAUCAGUACUAUCUGGGAAAUGAUUACCAGAUGGCGGCCAAGGAACUGUCUCGUCGAUUCGUUAACGAACCGGUACGAGUUUUGACGCAAGGUGAAGAUCAAAAUACCUGUCUGGCCAACAAUAUGGGAUUGAUUCAUUUUGCCGUUAAGCAUUAUGCGUUGGCCGCCAGAUUCUUCCAACAGGCUCUGUUGUUCGAUCAGAGCGCUACCGACAACAAUUCUACUGAAAAAGUGGAAGGUUCUCCGCUGUAUUGUGUUGGUGCUACGAAAAGGCCUGAAAUUCUCUACAACCAUGGCAUUACUUUGUUGUAUCAACAAAGACCGAAAGAAGCAUUCGAAUGUCUUUUGGUCGUUUUGAAUUCUUACCAUAACAAUCCAAGGCUAUGGCUACGUCUGGCUGAAUGCUGCAUUAUGGUACACCAACAAACGCAAAAAGAACAACUCAAAAAUCCAGCUACCGUAGUUUUUCAUAGGAAAUAUCUUCAGAAAAGACCGUUCAACAGCGAAGAACAAUCGGCGGCCAUCCCUGGAACGAGUUUAGAAUUCGCCUCUCUAUGCUUGCGAAAUGCUGUUACGCUUGUUGAAUAUCACCUGGAAGUAAUGGUCAAACAAAUGGAAGCAGCCGAAAAACCAGUGCCCUGGGACAAAGUUUACGAAGGAGUUCCCUGCAACCCAUCGAAACCGAUGAAACAGGCUGGCCUAGAGAAACUCCGGAUAGCUGUCCUUAGUGCCUAUAGCUACGUUCUGCUUUCCCUCGGUGAAUAUACUUUGGCCCUGCGCUACGCCAAAGAAACCUUAACCAUCCCCAAUCUUCCGGAAACGCACCAAACCUUAGCCACUCUUUACUGUGCCGAAGCCUUGCUCUUCCUGGAUCGCAUCCCGGAAGCGCUGGUUUACCUGGAUCCAAAGUUGAUGCAGGAGUUCAAGGGGGAAGAUUUUGUGACCCGUGGAUCCCCGAACUGGAAUGUAAACUCGCUAGAAGCGGCCCAAGCAGUGAUGCAUUACAAUCUGGCGGUAACGCUGUGUGCGAUCGGGGAUUUUGAGAAGGCUAAAAUGUACAUGAAGGCUUGCAGUAGCCAUCCGGUGGUGCUGCCGCAUCUAAAAAUGCUCAAAAUCUACGCCGAAUUGGUGUUCGGUAAUGUGGAGAAAGCUAAGAUGUUGGCCCGAUACGAUACGCCGCAUUUGGUGUAG